CAAUGAGUACAAGGCUGACGAAAAGUAGGUUCGCUGAACUGGCAACAGUCACAUGACUGGGAACAAUUUCGGGGGGGCUAUUACUGUUUCCUGAAACAGACUUGAUAAUCAUGCAGUCGCCUCAGGAUGAGCAGGAGAAGCUGUUGGACGAGGCCGUGCAGGCCGUUAAAGUGCAGUCCUUUCAGAUGAAGCGCUGCCUGGACAAAAACAAGUUGAUGGAUGCGCUGAAGCAUGCCUCCAAUAUGCUGGGUGAACUGAGGACUUCCAUGCUCUCUCCUAAAAGCUACUAUGAGCUUUACAUGGCCAUCUCUGAUGAGUUGCACUACCUGGAGGUUUACCUGACUGAUGAGUUUGCCAAAGGCAGGAAGGUGGCUGAUCUGUAUGAGUUGGUCCAGUAUGCAGGAAACAUCAUUCCCAGAUUGUACCUGCUGAUCACUGUAGGGGUGGUGUACGUGCGCUCCUUCCCCCAGUCCCGCAAGGACAUCCUGAAGGACCUGGUGGAGAUGUGUCGUGGAGUGCAGCACCCCCUGCGCGGCCUGUUCCUCAGGAACUACCUGCUGCAGUGCACCCGCAACAUCCUGCCCGACGACGGAGAGCAAGCCGAGGAGGAGAUGACUGGGGACAUUAAUGACUCCAUCGACUUUGUGCUGCUGAACUUUGCGGAGAUGAACAAGUUGUGGGUGCGCAUGCAGCACCAGGGCCACAGCCGUGACCGGGAGAAGAGGGAGAAGGAGCGGCAGGAGCUGCGCAUCCUGGUGGGGACCAAUCUCGUCCGGCUGAGCCAGCUGGAGGGGGUCAACGUGGACAAAUAUAAACAGAUUGUGCUGUCUGGAGUCUUGGAGCAGGUUGUGAAUUGCAGGGACUCUCUGGCACAGGAGUACCUCAUGGAGUGCAUCAUACAGGUGUUCCCAGAUGAAUUCCACCUCCAGACACUGAACCCCUUCUUGCGCUCAUGUGCCGAGCUGCAUCAGAACGUCAAUGUGAAAAACAUCAUCAUUGCGCUCAUUGACAGACUGGCUCUGUUCGCCCACAGGGAAGAUGGGCCUGGCAUUCCAGCGGAGAUCAAGCUCUUUGACAUUUUCUCUCAGCAAGUAGCAACUGUGAUUCAGUCACGCCAAGACAUGCCCUCGGAGGACGUCGUCUCACUGCAGGUGUCCCUCAUCAACCUGGCCAUGAAGUGCUACCCCGACCGCGUAGAUUACGUAGACAAGGUGCUGGAGAGCACCGUGGAGAUCUUCAACAAACUCAAUCUGGAACACAUCGCCACCAGCAGCGCGGUCUCUAAAGAGCUGACGCGGCUGCUGAAGAUCCCGGUGGACACCUACAACAACAUCUUGACCGUGCUGCAGCUCAAGCACUUCCCGCCGCUUUUUGAGUACUUCGACUACGAGUCACGCAAGACCAUGAGCUGCUACGUGCUCAGCAACAUCCUGGACUACAACACCACUAUUCUGGCCCAGGAGCAGGUGGACUCCAUCCUGAGCCUGGUGUCCACGCUGGUCCAGGACCAGCCAGACCAGCCCGCAGAGGACCCAGAUCCCGAGGACUUUGCUGAGGAGCAGAGCCUGGUGGGCCGGUUCAUCCACCUGCUCCAUUCUGACGACCCUGACCAGCAGUACCUGAUCUUGAACACGGCCAGAAAGCACUUUGGUGCUGGUGGCAACCAGAGGAUCCGUUACACGCUUCCCCCGCUGGUGUUUGCUGCAUAUCAGCUGGCCUUCCGCUACAAAGAGAACUCCUCCUCGGACGACAAGUGGGAGAAGAAGUGCCAGAAGAUCUUCUCGUUUGCGCACCAGACCAUCAGUGCUCUUAUCAAGGCGGAGCUGGCCGAGCUGCCUCUGCGCCUCUUCCUCCAGGGGGCGCUAGCGGCCGGCGAGAUCGGCUUUGAGAACCACGAGACCGUGGCCUACGAGUUCAUGUCCCAGGCCUUCUCCCUGUACGAGGACGAGAUCAGCGACUCCAAAGCCCAGCUGGCGGCCAUCACACUGAUCAUCGGCACGUUCGAGCGCACGCGCUGCUUCAGCGAGGAGAACCACGAGCCGCUGCGCACUCAGUGUGCACUGGCCGCCUCCAAGCUGCUGAAGAAGCCCGACCAGUGCCGCGCCGUCAGCAUCUGCGCACAUCUGUUCUGGUCCAGCCGCAACACCGACAAGAGCGGAGAGGAGAUUCGAGAUGGCAAGAGGGUGAUGGAGUGCCUGAAGAAAGCUCUGAAGAUUGCCAAUCAGUGCAUGGACCCAUCCUUGCAAGUGCAGCUCUUCAUCGAGAUCCUGAACAGAUACGUCUGCUUCUACGAGCGGGAGAACGAUGCGGUGACGGUGCAGGUGCUGAACCAGCUGAUCCAGAAGAUCCGCGAGGACUUGCCCAACCUGGAGGCCAGCGAGGAGACGGAGCAGAUCAACAAACACUUCCACAACACACUGGAGCACCUGCGCCUGCAGAGGGAGUCUCCCGAGUCGGAGGGGCCGGCCUACGAGGGUCUGGUGCUGUAGGGGUCCCGCGGGGCGCAGCGCAGUGCAGUGCAGCACCAUAUGUAUGUGCAUACUCAGACAGAGAGCUGUACUUGUAUAUAUGCACACACACAUUCUAGUACAACCACACACCAGGGUAUUCCAUCCAGGGGGAAAAAAAAAGCAACAAUUUCCACCUGCCUCUACUCUCUCUCUUCCCUGAUCUCUCUCUGCAUAUCCAUUCCUUUACAUCUCUCUCUCUCUCUGUCUCUCUCUGUCUCGUUCAUUAUGUAUGUCUGUGAGAGAAAAGAGCUGCGUCUCCUCGGCCUUGCACUUGUCUCAUGGCAUUAUUUCCUCAUGAAGCGUGCGCUGCUUUCACAUCCUACAGCAGUGGGGAUGGAGGGGGUGAGCCCAGCUCUUCAGGGAUCACAGCUCCCUGUCUUCUCUGUCUUCUCUGUCUUCCCUGUCUGUGCUGGGCGCUUGUUAAACGCUGGAAAGCCCCUACGGCUGUCUUGACUAAUCUCAUGCCACUGUCCGCACGCUACGGUCCGCUCCCUGACUCCAAGCCGACUCGGUGAGCUGGACACCCCUCGGUGACACCCCUGCAUGUCUGACUAAAGCCUCCCCCCGAGUUCCUGUGCGCUUGCCAUGUUGAAACCAACGUGCAGCUGUGCAGCAAGUGUUCAGAUGUGCUCUCGAGUCUUUUCCCUCUCUCUGUGUGUGUGUGUGUGUGUGUGUGUGUGUGUGUCCGUCUGUCUGGCUCUCUCGCUCUCUAUCUCCUCCUCUCUCCUCCGUCACACUCCUCUUGGUCUCCGCUCCUUUCUCGCUUCUCUCUUCCACUUCCUAGUCACCGUCGCUAGAGUACAGCAGAGAUGAUCACUGUGUGCUUCAAUGUGAACAUGUUGGGCUGUAGAACAUGGAGUGGGUUGUGGGGGCAGGUGAGUGUGUGGACCCUUAAGGAAGAGAGAGCACGCGGGUGGCCGGGAAUUGCCCCGCCAGUCAAAUGUCAAGGCCUGUAUGAAAACAAGCAUCCUAAGGGAUGUCUCAUCUCAUCUCAUCCCUGCUCAGUUUGGUUUCUGCCUCCCCUAACCCCAAAGCAUAUUGUAUGUAUAAUCUAAUUGUAAAUCAGAUAAGCCAGAAGAAGUAUCAUCGAUUUCAUGUCAUUUGCACAAAUAAAAUGAUCAUAUUAAUCCCAUGCGUCUAUAAAUAAAUACGUACCUUUCCAUGUCAUGUCAUGCUUGGGCCAGUCCAGUGUGUGGUAGUGCGUUCAGCAUGUCUUUAUUAAAAACAUUUGUUCAUGGUUCAUCAGAGUGAAGGUUUGCCCACCAUAUUACCAUUCACAUCAUAGUUUACGCUAGAAAUGGGCUUCCUUAAUAAUACCCACCAGCCCUCCACCUUCCUCACCACCAAAGAUGGUGCUCCAAGCAAGGUGAAGGGACAAAAAAAAAAAAAAAAAAAACAUGCUAUGAAUCGGACAGAUACAAUACAACUGCCCCUCACUGGGACGUUUAUGGUCUGUUCUGUGUAUGGCUCUGCAUAGGGCACAUUCAAGUGAAACAAUGGGUCAUGUGCCUGAAUUUUAUUGCUUUGAAGUGCUUCGGUUGCUCUGCCUCCACACCAGAGGUUCUCACCCUUGACCCCUGAUCUAAGUGUCCAUGGCAAUGAUGCACAUUGUCUAACGCUCUUCACUAAGCCCUCUCUUUUCUUCUUUUGGGGGAAUUGAAGGGUGGAAGUGGGGCUUUCGUGAUGAUGCUUUGUGUUGCUGGCCCCAUCCACUCUGUUAGUUUGAGUUCCUGCUGUGUGGAGGGCAGUGAGUGAGUGGAUCAGCCGUGAUGCUAGAAGCCAUGGUGAUUUGCUGGCCCGUACUGCGUUGAUUGGACUAAAUGGCUGAAAUGUGUGGACUGUCCAUGGAUUUUGUUCAAGGCAUCUUUUAACAUUUCCUGCUAAUUUCAUUUCCUUCUUGCUUAUCUAUUUCUCGACUGUAUACAUGAACAGUGACACACUAACAGAUGUUAGCCUCAUCAUGGUAUCCCUUUAUUUAUGCUGUACAUAUGACAGUCACGCUUUUCACUUUAGCGAUUUAGUAAAUCUCAUUAUUGUCUGAGAUCAAGAUCAAUCAGUGUAUGUGUAUGUCAAUUGAUUUGCUUCCCCACUUGCAUUAAAAACCACAAUGCACGACUGGUCAUUUUUUUGAUGGAGAAUUAAUAGUAAAGAUAAAGCACCUGUUUAAGGAUAGACAAUAUUGGAUUUCUUACAUUAUUUUCAAACUGAUGUUGGCCCGAAAAAUGUUGGGAAAUAUAUCUCAAAGACUAC